AUGGACUCAAAAGAAAGAGAAGAUGAUCUGAGGAUUGUGCUGCUGGGAAAAACUGGAAUUGGGAAAAGUGCAUCUGGAAACACCAUCUUAGGAAGAAACACGUUUAUUUCAGACAUUUCUCAAAAGUCUGUUACUAAAGUGUGUCAGAAAGAGACAGCUGAAAUCAAUGGUAGACAUGUUACCGUGAUUGACACUCCAGGACUGUUUGAUACUGAACUCAGUAAUGAAGAAAUACAGAGAGAAAUCAGCAACUGCAUCCACAUGUUCCUGCCUGGACCACAUGUGUUUCUCUUACUGAUUCCACUGGGACGAUUCACUCAAGAAGAGCAAAGAGCAGUGAAGAUCAUUCAAGAGACGUUUGGUGAAAACUCGUUAAAGUACACCAUAGUGCUCUUCACUAGAGGAGACUUUCUGCAGAACAAAACUAUUGAAGAGUUUCUGGGAGAACCUGCAUCUGCCCUUAAAAACCUCAUUGAUGAGUGUGGAAACAGAUUCCAUGUGUUCAAUAAUAAAGAGACUGGAGACCAAACACAGGUGACUGAUCUACUGCAGAAGAUAGACAACAUGGUGAAAGCAAACGGAGGGAGUUACUACUCAUGUAAGAUGUUCAAAGAGAUGGAAAGAGAAUUACAAGAAAAACAAAAGAACAUACUGAUGGAGAGAGUGAAGCAACUGAAAAAAGAAAAAGAAGAACUGAUGAAGAAACAUAAAGAAGAGAAACAAAGGAUAAAGAUGAAAAUGGAGAAAGAUCAUGACAAAGAAAGAAAGAGAAGAGAAGAAGAAUUUAUUGAGAGAGAAGAACAACAUAAAAGAGACAUCAAAGAACAAGAGAGAAAGCUGCGAGAGGAAAUUAAUAAAGAACGAGAGGAGAUGAAGAAAGAACAAGAAGAGAUGAAGAGAGAACGAGAGGGAAAACUUACCCAAGAGAGAGAGAAAAUGGAAAGAGAGAAAGAAGAUCUUCAAUCCAAGCAUGAAAUAGAGAAAAAGCAAAUGAAGAUGACGAUGGAUGUGGAAAGACAGGCUCAUGAUCAAGAGAGGAAGAGAAGAGAAACAGUAAUGCAAAGAGAACGAGAAGAUUGGGAGAGACAGAAACAAGAAGCAAGACAAAGAAAAGAAGAGGAAGAGAAAUGGAGAAAGAAAGAACAGGCAAUGUGGGAUGAAUAUAAUGAGACACUCAAACAAGAGAUGGAGAGAAUGAACAUGAAGAUGGCAGAAGAAAAACAGAAACAUGAUAAAGAGAGAGAGAAGAUGAAUUUAAGAAGAGAACAAUAG